GGAAACGAGCACACCAUUGUCCUCGCCAAAAGUGGCAAGGUAUACAGCUGUGGGUACAACGCAAGUGGUCAAUGUGGGAGGGCAGGGCAACCAGCUAUUCUAACUUCACUUGAUUUACUGGUUUCAGAGCCAGUAAGCCAAAUACACGCAUACAAUGGAUGUGAGCACACGCUCAUAGUGACAAGGAGCGGGCGCCUAGUUUCGUUUGGCUACAAUGGCUUCGGGCAGCUAGGCGGUGGCGGCAACAAACGACGAUAUUCUCCUCAAAAUAUCCGCGGGAUGGGUAAUACUCGCGUCCUCACGCUGUCUUGCAGUUACUACCACACAAUUGUGGCCUGUGUUGAAAACCGGACUUUUUCUUUUGGUCGCAACAAUUACGGUCAGCUUGGCCAUGGCGAUCUGUUUGACAAGGAAACUGCUCACGAAGUAAAAAGCUUGCGGGGAAUGCUUAUGACUACGCUGGCUUGCGGCCAAUAUCACACAUGUGCCGGUGCAAGCAGUGGCCGUGUAUUUGCCUGUGGUAGAAAUGAUCAUGGACAGCUGGGUCUUGAUUGUGCGCAUGCUAGUAUUAGCUGUAUGUUCCAAGUGCAUGGAGAUGUAGCUGCUAUGCAAGUUACGUGUGGGUACUAUCACACCGUUAUACUCUCGCCGGAUAGGCAGGUAUAUUCGUUCGGUAGAAACAACUAUGGUCAGCUUGGUCUCGGUAACAUCAAAGAUUGUGUAUUUGGUCUAAAAUCUGUGGUUGAUGGUGCAUCACUUGAAAUCGAGAUCGUGUCGGCGGGUUGCUAUCACACGGUCCUUGUUGGCACUUCUGGGAUGAUACAUGUCUUUGGACGGAACAAUCAUGGGCAACUGGGCACUGGCGAUCUGGUUGACAGACACUCACCUCAUUCGAUU